AUGCCCCGAAAGGUUCAACCAGACGCCGAGUGGAACAGACUCGCAGUCCAUAUGGACAUGUUCCAUUCUCAUUUCCGGAUGGAGUUUGCUCAGAUCUACGAACUGGCGGAUGGAAAGUAUGAGCAAGCUGGUAUGACCCUCUCCCGAUUCUUGCGCGAAGCCACAUCACUCUCUUCGCAUCUCGAUCUGCACCACCGUAUCGAAGAAGCCCACAUCUUCCCUAUUCUAGCGAAGAAGAUGCCUCAGUUCCAAGCUGGCAAACGUGAAUCCGGCGAACACCUCCACAGCCACAAACUCAUCCACGACGGUCUGGAUCGAUAUGACGCUUUCCUUGCUGCUGCACAGGCCAACCCCAAGUCAUAUGAUGGGGUCAAGCUGAGGGAGGUGCUGGAUAGUUUCAAGGAGGUGCUGUUCAGGCAUUUGGAUGAGGAGGUGAAGGAUCUUGGGGCGGAGAGUAUGAAAGCUGCCGGAUGGACGAUUGAGGAGGUGCGAAGAAUACCUAUGUGA